ACCACAACGCCGGCACAACCCAUUCAUGUACGCGCACGCAGUCAUCAUUCGGUCACGACUCGCGGUAGCGGUACGUCGUCGUACGCCUUGUGUGCUCCGGGACACGGUCAGUUGGUUUUCUCGCGAGUUUUUUUUUUUCCCCCGAGGUGAUAAUUUCCUAUUUGGACGUAAAAGAAACAUUUUAUUUAUUUUUUUUAAAAUAUAAUAUUGCGCUUAAUACACUGUACGCGUUCGAGCCGGAUCCGUCGAAACUAUAAUAAUAUAAUCGUUACGAUAUAGAUAUUUAUAUAGCGUGCCGCAGUUGUGUUUUUCGAUCGACCCGUGCUCGCGGAAACGAUGGUUUUUUAACGUUUUUAUCGAGAGAAAAAAAACUCGCGCUUAUUAAACUCUUUAUCGCACGCCUGCGGCAGUUAUUCUUGCCAGCUAUUUACACGUUUUAUCAAAAGAUAUAUAUAUAUAUAUAUAUAAUAUAAGGUAAUACAAUUUUUUAAAAACCGAUCGGUUGAUAUUAUAAUAUUAUAAUAUAUUGUAGUGUAUCUGUACCCCUUAGAUCUGGGCAUACUUAUAAAGAAGAGCGAGGACGUUCUAACGAACGUUUGGGACAGCGAAAAAUUACUGGUUCUAAAAUCGCAUAUUAUGAAAACCUACAGAAUGGUAAAACCGUGUAAAAUUACAGCGAGGUAUUUGGAGACCCUUAAUACUUUUUUCAGGCUUUCUGGUAUUUUUUUUUUAUCGUAUCCAUAAAAGGGCGAGGCUGAUUCAGCUGGGGUUAAAACGCGAAGCCCGGAGCUCUAGCCUCACUUCCAUGUUCUAGGGAUGACCAUCCCAGGACCCUGGAAGGGAAGGACUAAGAGCUUUAGACUCCUCUCUCCAUUAUUGGCCAUGUUAAAAUACAGCAAAAUAAUUUAAAAUUGUACAACAUCGAAAACUUAGAAACUUAAAACUUUUACAUUUUGCCAAAUAAUCUCAAGAAAAAGGCUCUAUACAAUAAAUUUAGACGUAUCUAUUUUGCUUUCAUUAUUAUAUUAUAUGAUUUUAAUUUUCUAUGUGUAUAUAUAUAUUCGUAUUAUUAAUGAAACGAUACAUUCAAUUGAAUUUUAGAUUCUGAGCAAAGUGAGGAAUGUAUUGGUUUUACAAUGAUGUUUAUUAUUUUUAUUUUUUUUUUAUUUUUAUACUGUGUACAAAAAUUCUACUGAAAAUCUUGAUCCAAAAUAUCAAGUAUAUCACCUUUUCUAAAAAGAAAUUUUAUUUAGUUUUUACUUUAAAGAGGUCUUUAUUUGAUUUUCCAAGCAGUUUUCAUAAUAAUUGGGAACUCGGAAAAAACGGGAAAAUUUACGAAAAUGAUGCUUUUAUUAUUUAAAAUUUUUUUUUGUUGUAAUUCAGUUCAAAAUUUUCGUAGAGAUUUGAAGUUAAAACAGAAAAUGUAUGUUUGCUUUUUUCUAGACGUGGGCCAAUUUUUAAAACAUUUGAACCAUUUUUAAACUAUUUAGACAUUUUAAUAUUGUAAGUUUUUUUCGUAAUUUUUAUUCGGUAGGUAUUCUGUAGAUAAAUUGUAAGACCAAACAUAUAAAUGCUUGAACAUUUAACAGGAGGUUCAUUAUAAGUUUUACUUGCUGGUCAACAAGAAAAAGUUUAGUUUGAUGUAGUAUUUUAUUUUCAUAAGAGUUUCGUAAAUAUUACUACGGCCUUUUAAAAUAUGUAUAACCAAACUCCGCUCAGAAUCAUUUUUCGUUGGCAAUGAUUAAUCGUUGCGUACAUAUAUACAUUAAGUUUUCCUUCUAGCUUCCUAAAUUCUCAUCUAAAACAGUGGCCCACCCAUCGUGCGGAGUAUGUCUGUUUUUGUCUGUAAUGUGAAUAUAAUUUUUUCUAUUACAAGUAUAACGAAAAUAUGUACCUAUUAAUUUUACUAUCAUGCAUGUGUUUUUUUUCUGUGUCUGUAAACAACUAAUCGAUCAGAAAUCUUUCUGUAGUCAAUUUAACAGUUGUUUCUGCAGUUUCUGGAAUCAAAUUAUGUUUUCCCCGAAAUAAUGGGAGAGAAAUGGAAAUAUUUAAAAUAUCCAUAGAUUUGAAAUGUUCACCUAAUACUUAUAGUAGCACUUUAUAAACGCUUGUUAUUUUCAAAAUAUUUUUUCGUUUUUGAGUUAUAAAUGGACAUUUCAAAUUGUCGAGGUUUAUUUGUUUAUAUGUGGUUAUAAAUAUUGUAAUUUAUUUUUAUAAGCGUUUUAAGUUCGACUUUAUGUAUAAGCUCGUUAAAAACAUCAUCUAUUAAAAUAAAUUGCCCUUAUCACCACCUUUACCCCACCCUGUCAUCUACUCCAUCGAUCCCUCUACUUUAUUCUUUCAGCCUCUUAACCUUUUUCUGACCAACAAUAACAUCACAUUUACUUGUAAAGUUCUUACAUGUCUAAACUUAUAUUGUUGUUUUGUUAGCUAACAUUGCUAUAACUAUACUUAACCGAUUUUGAUAAAAAGUAGACUAUAACCUCCCAGUGGCGAUAAGGAGUCGACCAAAGAACAGGUUCUUGUCGAAAUCGGCUAAGUAUAAUUCUCGAGAUUUUCACUCAUACAAUACAAGCGUUUCCUUUUUAUUAUAUUAAUUAAACUUAUUAGUUACAAGUUAGGUAAUGCAGUGUUCGAUUUAAAUCCGUUUGUCGUUUGCAAUGAUUUUUUUUGUUAAUGGGAAUAUUUAUAGUUUACCGUUUGUAGUUGCGUUUACUUAUUAUUAUUAUACAAAAGACAAAACAUUAUAAUAAUAUUAUUACUCGAAUUUAUUGAGAUAAUCAAAUAAAUGAACCGCUAUAAUAUAAUUAUAAUAUGGUGUAUAUACAAAACUAUAGCAGUGACACAUUAGGUUAAAAUAGUGGAACGAUAAACAAAACAAAAAUACUGACUAGGUAGCGUAAAAAAUAAUCAUAAUAAAUCCUAUUAAAAAUAAUAUAUAAGUAUAAUUAACUAUUUAAUAGCAUUAUUUAUUAUAAUAUUAAACAGUUUUUUUUUUAUAUCAUUAUAGGUACCUACCUAUAUAAGUAUAUUGUAUAGUCAGCAUUUUACAAUAUUUAAUUCACCAAGUCAAUCUUUGGUGGGCAGGUAAAUUUAUAAACACGAGAUUAGAAGGAUUUAUACCUUGGUAUCUUUUUUUGAUUUUCUACCGAAGGUAUAUAGUAGGUACCAAUAUAUUAUUUUACGUUAGGCUUAAGUAUAGCAGGUAUAUAAUAAUAUGUGACGUUGUUCAACUAAUUUUCAAACAAACGUGUAAUUUAUUUCAAUAUGAAAGAUUAUAUUUUAGACUUUUUAUUUAUAACUUCCAUCAUGAUGAGUUAUUAUUAUUAUUAUUAAGAUUUAAGAUAGUACCAAAAUAUUAUUUUUUUUAUUUCCUACCAAUAUUUUUAUGAGUUCUUCAAUCAGGACAAAGGAAAUCAGUAUCUAGCGUAUAAGCGUGUUUAUGGUUCAGUACGUCUAAAAUUUAAUUUUUUUACUAAAUUUCAAAAUUUCAAUAUUAUUUUAUCAAUAUCUUACGACGAAUAAAAUUUUUUUUUUCUUCUAUAUGGCUGUGUGAUUCGUAUUAUUAUUGAUGACUUCUGAUAACCCGUAUAAUUUGCUUUAUAAAAAGAUAUCAAUAAUUUAUUAUUACACAAUCAUAAUAAUAAUAAUAAGUAUACGUGUGCAUAGAUGUUAUUAUAAAGUUAAAAAGUUUAUAUUCUAUGAAUCGGAUUUGUAAUGAAAAUAUCCAAUAAAAUGAAUACGAUUACCUUCGUAUAGCAUCAAAAUGCAAUAAUAUCCUACAAUAUUCCAAUAAUGCACAAUUUGUUCACUUUAAAUGUACCUAUAAAAAACUCUGUUCGUUUUAGAAAUAUAACAAAACCGUAAAUCGUUAUUCCUUACAUUUUGAUCCAAAUAAAUAUGAAAUUUUACAAAACCAAAAUUAAUUGGAUAAUUUCUAAUUAUAAUAAUUAUAAUAUAGUAAUUUAUUAUUCAAUUACCUGACGAACUUGGCGUUUCUUUAGAUUUCGACAUGGUUUAUACUAAUAUCCAACAAAACGUUAAAUAUUUUUGAUUUUAAUAACGCGUUCAAAUAGUUUAUACCUAGUACAAUACACCUCUAUGUAAAACGAUUUUGCUUAAUAAUAACGAUGUCAACAAAAUCUAUAAAAUACCAGAGGAAAUGUGAAAAAUAUGAUUGUGUUAGAAAAUAUUUAACAACAUUGUAACUUAGGAAACAAAUAAAACAAACUCCGAUUAUUAGUAGCGUAUUUUUAAAUAAGUGGAUGUAACUAAAACCUAAUUUAUCUGUUUAUCUAAAAAUAACAUAAAUUGUUAUUGUUUUAAUAUUUGGGUAGUUUUCGUACUAUAGUAUAGCAAAUAAUAUAUUCUAAUUAAUCAAAAAAUGUCGUAAUAAAUAACUAACCUCCGGAAAAAAUACAUUUAUAUACUGUUACAUUGGGACCCGAAAUAAUAGACUUUUACAGCAUUAACAAUAAUUAAUGUUAAUUUAUACGUGUAAUAUUUUGUGUGGUCGUGUGGGACUAUACUGUUGUUAUUUAAUUACUAAGUUGCUAGGUUAAAUUAAAAAAAAAAAAUAUUUGUCUGGAACCACAAAAAAAACGAAAUCAACUGUUUAACAGUGAUGGAAAUAUGUUUAAUAGGUGUUCUACCUAAUAGAAUCUAUUAGGUAUAGAUAUACUAUUAAUGGUAUACAUAUAAUUAUUGUGGACGUUGGAUGUUGGAAUGUUUUAUAAACGUAGAUGGGGUCAUUUUUUUUAUCGAACACGAAUCGUCUUUUAUUUGGGAGUUAUUCUAGAUAAUAAUAUUUGUAAUGUAAAAAGUCAUAGUUGUUAUUAGAAAUCGGGACACCAUAUUAUUCAACUCCGAAAAUUUGAAGACCGACUCGGACGUGGCCAUUGGUUCUAAUUGGCGUUUCUGGAUUUUGGCAAUAAAAUAUAGGCAUACAGUAUACCCAAAGUUUGUAAGUACGUUCUAUAUUUUUGUUAUCCGAAGCUAACGAUGAAUUUGAUAAUAUGUGACGCUGGCAUUACUAAUAAUAAUAUUGUAUGCUAUUCUCCGUUGGUAUUUGAUAGGUAGGUACUCGUAACACACAAAUAAUAAUUUCGACACAUUGAAAAUCUUUAUACCUACUGUGUUACGAGUAUUAUUAUUAUAGCAUAUAGUGUAUACAAACAUAAUAAUAAUAUAAAGGCCGGAGCUGUGAUUGGGCGUAGGCCGUAUACGUAUUUAUAUAUUACACGCGCAAUACUUCUAAACCGCAGAAUAUUGUAUAUCACAUAGUAAAAUAUCUAUUCUUAACAUUCCAUUCAACAAUAUAAUAAUUAUUAUCAUUUUAACGUAUACGUUAUUAUGGACAAAUAUUUAAAAAAAAAAAAGUGAAUUGGAACUGAAGUAAAAUAAUAAUUGUGGUCUAUUAAAUAGACUUUAUUCGCGAUAGGUAGUGAUUAUAUUGAUGAUGCAUACGGGUUUCAAAUAGUCAAUCGAAUCGGAGUGGUGGGAUAUAUUGUUACGGUACGAGUAGACGGGUGCAUGUAUACACAUUAUUUCGACGCAUUUUAAAAACAACAAUUUGUAUAUAAUAACAAUUAUACUUAUACAGGCUACACAAAUAAUACAAUGUAUAUGACGGUUUACGUUUUAUAACGUAGUGUAAACUCAUUUCUGUAUGCAAUUAAUAACAAUAUCCUCUUGGACUAUAUUUGAAUAUAGGUAAUCGUAUUUAUUUGUUUAUCGUACACAUUUUAAAUGUUUAAAUAAUAUGUAUUCGGAUACAUUAAACGGCAACCUGAAAUAACUUAGACCGUGAAGACCACGACUUAUUAUAUAGGUGCACAAUACAUAUAUGUAUAUAUAGAUAGAUGAAAAUUAACAGCUGUUGCCUCUUCCAAUAUGUCUAUACAGUAGGUAUACAUUAUAUACAUUAGCAAGUUUCACCAGACACCUUGUUUUGAGAUAAAUAUAGAUUACAUAUUGUAUAAAUGUGCAUGUACGUUUAAUAUGCACUCGUAAAUAUUAUAUACAUGUGACUGCACGCGUAAUUAGAAUAUGUCCGACUCCGUCCUCGUCGUGUAUAACUUGCAUAAUAAGUUUCGAGUUCAAUUAGGAUGAAAAAGUACGAUAGUGGGAAGAAAAAACAAAUCACCUACCGAUGUUUACAAAGUUGUAUUUUUAACAUCGUCACCCGUCCGGGAAACGAACGAAUGAGAAAAAUAAAAAGGGUCGAUGAGUGUGCCACUGUUUUGGGAGAGAAGUUUGACGGGAGGAUAUAUUUAGUAAUUUCAUUUAUAUUUUGUACGUAGGUAACGAUAAACCAUUGCUAACGAAAAACGACUCCGAGCCGAGUAUUAUUAGCCGUAUUUGUUCUCUUGUUGAAAUGAUACCUAAGACAAGAAAUCAAACAACAAUGUUAUUAUUAUACAAAACAUUUCUGGUAAAAAAAGUUGUCUACAAACACGGGACAAAAAAAAAAACACACAUCGCAGUUAAACCAAUAUGUACGUUCCAAGCUUCGUUCAUAAUCUAAAAUAAUAAUUUUACGGUCACAUUGAUUCGAUUUCCCGCGAUAGUAGUACUAUCAGAAAAAUCAAUGGUUGUUUGGAGAAUUUAUCUCACGGCUUUUAAAACGUUGCUGUUAAUGCUGGCCCGAGAAAUUUAUUACCCGCUGUUAUCGUAAAAAUAUAUUAUUAAUAAAAUAACAUUAUGUACACACGACUAUUACAGUAGCAGUGUGGUUCCGAUAGGCGAUAAUAAUAAUAAUAUUCGCACCCCCGGUGAUCCGAAACGGUCUAACCCCGACCACGUGUUUAUAUUAAACAAGCGUAUCAGCCAAGUUUAACGUUGACUUCCGCAAUAAAUAUUAUGAUAAAAUAACCGUUUUCACUUCAAUAAAUUAUACCGUACGAUGUACUGCAGAGUGCAGACAAUUUUAUCGCAUAGUACAUAGGUACUUAAAAAUCGAAUUGUAUAAUAUAAUAUAUGUAAUAAUGUUUGUUAUAUUAAAUAUAUAAUAUAUGUGUGUAUAUUAUGGAUUGUAUAUCGUUAAUGCAUUUUCACUAUUCAAACGAAUAGAUAUUUUCAUUUCGUUUGUACAAAAUCUAGUGGAAGGGGGGUCAAACAGGGGUGUAUCUCCCCGUGAUCUUUUCACAUUCAGUAUACAUAAUAAUUAUUUAAAAAUCAGUCUCAUCUCCCACACCCUAUAACAUAAAAAUUGUAACGUUAAACUCAAGGUAACUCAAAAGUAUUAUAAUAUAGGUAAUUAAAAAGUAAAUAUUUUUUUCGCAAUGAGAUAUUCUUAAAAUAAUACAGCCUGUAGUAUGAUACAGGUGUUUAUACUAAUUAUUGAUUAUAAUAUUAUAUUAACGAGUAACGACGUUAAAAGUUAAUAUGUAUAACGUGAUAAUAGAUAUUCUUUCGUUCUCACUUCAGUUACUUUGUCUGGUAUUUUUUUUAUUUUUUUCAGUAAGUGAUUUUCAAAUUCCAAACCGGUUGUUCGAGUGCGCGAGUAUCUAUCGGUCGGUACCUACCUACCCGUAGGUUUCGCUACGGUUUCGCUUCGAAAAUUCCAAAUUCGUUACUCGAAUAAUAUCUGUACGCGUAAUUAGAUAAUAAUAGCAAUAUUAUAAAGAUGUUCUGAUUUACAGAAUAAAAAAAGAAAACAAACUAGACGUCCGAUAAAAUAUAAUAUCAAAUUAUUCAAAAAGUAGGUAUUUAUAUUCAUAGCUUUAAUAAGUGUUAUUGUAAAAAUCUGCUACAAUCUGGUGAUGUCAUAGUGGACACCACCUGCGUAGCGUCAAACUCGAAAAAUUAACGAUUCGACUAUUGUUUGUAGCCGAUCCUCCGGAUUUUUAAUUUUUUUUUUUUUGUUCUAACAGCUGGACUCUAAUAUAUAUAGUUCGGCGUAUCAUUCUUUCGGUUCAAACGAUGAACGCUAUACAAUAUAUACAGAGUGGUCAACAUUACGUAAAUCACUAAAUAUCUCGGAAAGUAUUACAUUUUUCGAAAUUUGUUUUAUAGAAAAUUAAAGAAACGAAUGACCUGAAAAUAUAACAUUACCGUUGUUUUUGGUCUUCCUUAUUUUUGGGGACGAACUAUUUUAGAUUAUCAAAUAUAAUAACUUAUAUUAAAAAAUUCCAUAAAUAGAUGAAUUUUUAAUAUAAAUAUAUAAACUCAUUGGCGAGAUAUUCCCAUUAAUUAUUUGAGUAGGAGAAGAGUAGUGGACCAUAACUAUAAAAACUAAAUAGUGCAGAGAUAUUAAAAAUGUCAUCUAUGGAAUUUUUAAUAUAGGUUGCUAUUUUUGAAUAUAAUAUGUAAUAUAUAUAUAUAUAUAAUAAUAUGUAGCUUUUUCAUCCCCAAAAAUAAGGGUGACAAAAAAUAUCGGUUCAAUGCAUAACAUAAUGUAAGAUCCGCUUGUUUCUAUAAAAAUAAUUCUGAAAUAAUAAAUGUCGUAUUCUAUUCUCUGUACUCGUACUCUGUUAAUCACUCUGUAUGUAUUGUAAAUAUUUUAUUCUAAAAAAAAAAAGUCUUACACGUUUAUUAUUGUAAAAUCAAUAUGUAUAUUGUAUAGAUUUUUCGGUCUCGCUCCAAGAUCUAAAUACUCUUUUUGGUUUUUUUUUUUUUGUAACAUAAUUAUAGCUGUUCCUGGUAAAAUUACUUGCGCGUUUUAAAAUAUUAUAUGAUUUAUAGUCGCGCAUCUAUACGACAUUUUGUGUCUAAUAAUAUAAAUAUGAUCAAUCCGUCGACGAUGAUGGUUAAUAAUGUUUGCAAUUUGUUUUCGUAUAUACCGCGCACGUCCUCGGUAUUCGCACACCUGCGCGGCAAGUGUCGUUAAUGUUAUUAUUCUUAUAAUAAUUUAUCGCUGGUACUUAAAUUUUAGUCUCGUGUAAUUUUUCGUAAGGAGCCAAUGACAAAAUAAUUACUUACAAUAUUGUGUUGAUAAUAUCGUCCGGUCGAAGAAAUCGACGACGACGACGGUUAAAACUCGACCGAGCGAAUUAUUUCCGAACACGGAAUGUAAUACCAAAUAAAAUGAGUAGAAAGUGCGUCUCGUGUAUGUGUAUAUGACUUCAGCUUCUCGUCGAUGCUUUCAAAUUACGAGAAAAAAAAAAGAAAAAAAAAGAAAAUGAAACAUUUUUAUAACAUUAUUGUGCAUUUCGACGAUGGGUAGCCAUUGUGUUAUAACUUAUAAAGUUAUAACCAACACAAAUAUAUAAUAUUAUUUUACCUGGUAAUAAUAAUGUUACUUAUUAUUAUUUAUUUAUUCUUUUUUUCAUGAUUUUAAAUUUGCUCUACGUUACACAAUGAUAAUAACUUAUGUAAUAAAAAUAAUACGAUGAUGCGUUUUUACGAUUUUAUCCGCGCUUCAAUUGUAUAUUAUUAUUUUUGUUGUACAGGUACGCACACAAACCUGUGGCGUAUAUAGACCGUAUUUUCGGGAGGGGGAGUGUUGUAAUGGAUAGUGGUUUUAUAAAAAGUUAAGGGGACAAGACGUCGUGUCUGAUGGUAAAACAAAGUGUUAUUUUAGCAAUACAACUGUAUUAAUAAAAUAAGUUUAAUUAAAUUUAUUAAUUAGAAUAUUCCUGUAAACAUUAUUAACUACAAGAAAGGUAUAUAAUGAAAAUAGGUUUUCCUAUUUUUUUCUAUUGAUAAUGGGUUUUAUUGCAUACUGCAGUAGUGGAUAUUCAACAUUUUUCUGGGAGGAGUUCUGAAAAAUAAUAUGUAUUUUAAAGAUGUUUCUAUUAAUAGAUGCCUAUUUUUUGGACGAUAUUUUAUUGAAAUCAUAUUAGUAUCUGGGAGGGGUCCAGAUCCCUGGACCUUCCCCCCUCCGUAAAUCCGCCACUGGGUAAUUGUGAUCACAGAAUGACGUACUUAUACGAAUUAUUAAAAUAAAAUGUAAACGGAUCACUGAUAUAAAAUACAUUUGUCGGGACUCCGGACUGUUUGUUAAAACUUAAAAUUGCUCAGUCGAAAAAGACAUUUCGGGGGAGAGUGGCUGUGGCAUACAGUGCCACACUGAAACUAUAUUAUCGCCCAAUUAAAUCGCCAACUCGAAUACGUAUAUACAGACCGUAUCCGAAUUCGGUUCAAGCUGUACCUACCUAUAUGCAAACACGCAACACGUCGUGGUUUUUAUCGACUAUAGGUUUUACGUUUAUACUAUUGGAAUACUAACAAUAAACUUCCUUGAAGCGUUAUCAGGUUUAGACCGACCGUGAGUAGUAGACAUUUUUCCGUAUUUUCCUCUUCUCUAUUUAUUAAACUGAACCCGUGGCGGCUUUUUAUCGUCUAGAUGUAGUCGGUUUUCCGCUUAGAAAACACUGUAUAACUAUUGGAGCGGUGCCUGGUUCAGACUAACGGGUAUAAUAGGUCAUGGUUAUUGUAAAACAUCUAAACAUUCUGAAACGCAUAAAACCAACUCGGUUACGUUUCAGUUUGGACCGAACUCGGACGUAUGGUCUGUAAGGUUAGGUUAUACCAUUUGGGCGGAUUCGAAUACUCCGGGACUCUGUCUCUCUCUUGUAUCGCAUCAUAAUAUUCCGAAUACUUAUUUCCACUCGCCCACGUACAAUAUUAUAAUACCUGUAAUUCUUAUAACUAUAAUAGGUACAUUAUUAUUAUAUUAUUAUCGGCUAUUUUGUCGUGUGAUUAAUAUCCCGAUCGGACUUAUUGUAUAUUUACAGGUGCAUCCCCCCCCCUCAUACAUGGUAAUAUUAUAAUAUUUUAAGACCGUGCGAACCGAUACGUCCUGUACACGAUAAUAAUAUUAUUAUAUAUAUAUAUAUAUUUUAUAACGUAACACUCCACACGCGAGUCGUCUGCAGGGGGGUCACGAGUUUACGAUAUAUAGCACUGUUGCAGUGUUGCAUAUGUCGACCGUACGCGUUCGUUAUUUUGUUUUUUCGUUUUUUUUUAUUUUAAAUUUAAUAAACUAUUAUUAUUAUUAUCAUCAUCGUCAUUAUAAUUAUACUAUAAUAAUAUUAUUCACUUCACUAUAAUAUAUUACAUUUUUUUAUCGUGAUAUUCCUAGCCCGUAGCCAAUAAUAUGGCACGAGCAACAGCUCGAUGUGUAUGUGUGCGCGCUAUUCACACCGCAUUAACAAUAUAAUAAUAAUAAUAUUAUGUGCGUCGACGUGAAAACACAUAAUAUCGUCGGCUUCCGAAAAUAAUAUUUUAAUUAUUACUAUAUUACGACGAGAUGUAUAAAUUAAGACGUCAAUAUUCAAUAUAAUAUAGCUUGUUUUUUUUUUUUUUAUUGAAAUUCUGUUCGUUAUAGGUAGGGCUGACACUGCAUUGUACUUUGCAUUUUUUUCCCAAAGCAUACUAUCGUUUAGUUUAUUUUUCGACAGUUGUCGAUUUUAAAGUAUAGUUUCCAAACGUUAUUGAGAUUUUUCAAUCUAUUAUAUGAAUUUGAAAUUUAUUGUAUUUUAAGAUUUUUACACGCUACCAAGAAUUUUACAUAACAAUAUUUAUUGUCAGGCACAUGGCCCAUAUUAAAGUGUAUAAUAUCAAAAUCAUGUAGAAUGCAGAUAACGAGUGAUGGGGCUCGUUCUGUUACAAAAUACGUUUCGUGUAUUUUUUUAAUGAGAACAGUAGUAUAAAAAGGGCUGCAUACGAAUUCCGUUUCCUCUAAGAAAACCCAAGACGCAAUUAGCAUUAUAUAUUUUUUUUAACUUUUUACUCGGGACGCAACUUAAGUACGCAGUGAUGAAAAGAACUGAUCUGGAACAUAAGCCGCGGAGCCUCCUGAGUAAUAAUUGUAUACUACUAAAGAACCAACAUCUGAAUAAGAUAUUAUUUAUUGACGAUUUUUGAUUUUAAAAACAUUUUUUUUUUUUGUAAUGGAUUUAUGGAGCAUUACAUUUUUAGCAUAUACACGGCUAUCUAGCGGUAUAAACUCGACUAGAGAACAUAGACAAAAACGCAAUAUAAUAGAAUAUUUUAGAAUAAAGCUAUUCGUCUGUUGUCUCCUGUUAUAUACCACACGGUGAAUAUAAUAAUAUUAUUAUCAUAUUAUUUAAACGCAAUUUUUAUUAUUUAAUUUUCAUUAUUACGUAUGGUAUCUAUAUGAGUUUUUUUUUUUUUUUUAUUCCGGUGGGCUUCGUUUUUUUUCGUCUUUCAAAUCACGACCGCAUGCCGCACGCCGUCCUGAAUAUCGAAUUAUAAUUGCUCGUAUAUAAUAUUUGAUGUCUGCAUGUGUGUGUGUAUUGUGUGUGUGUUAUUUUCGAUAAUUAAAAUCAAAACGUGUUUGUGUAUGUAUACGGGUAGACGGUAAGUAAUAGAGUCGGGGAGUGGAUAAUAAUAAUUUUUAUAUUACGAGUAUAAUAACGUAUUUUCAAAGGUGCCCAUAAUAUUACUCGCCCGCGCACUCGUCAAGCGGAAAACGAAAUUGAUAAUAGGUAGGUGUAUAACGAUUGCGUUAAAAAAAAUGUUUUUCUAUAAGACAUAUUCCGAUCGCGUUGUUCCGUUGCGUUGUCAUUUUUUUCCACACCGGACGACACGGACGAAAUUCGAAAACAAUACACCAUGGGCCCCGUAUACCUAUUAUUAUUUUUCAACGGGCAUAAUUCAAUUAUUAUUAUUACUAUUACGUUACCGUCGUCGAUCCCUCUACUCGUCUCCGUUCCCGGCCGCACAUCAUACACGCCCUUCCCGGCUUCCAGGUGACGUGGCGGCGGCAGGAGGAUAAUAUUCUUAACGCCGCCGCCGCCGCCGCCGCCGCCACCGGAGUUUCUGCCUGCUGCACCGGUGACUAAGACGAACGCGCGUUAGGUACCCAUGGGCAAUAUUAUGAUAAAAGCCAGGUGACGACGAUAAUAUAUAAUAAAGGGUACGACAAAAAUACAUGAGUCACCCGUUCCGUGCGGUGAAUAGCGAUUUUCGUUUUGUUUCCGUUUGUUUCUCUGCGUCGGUCGAUAUACAGUGGCGGCUUGAGGUAUUUUUUUAACUUGAAUCGCCCAUUUAGUUUUCCGCCCAUCCCGACCCAAAAUACCGCCACGCCACCACAAAUGUAUUGGGAUUUAACAAUUUGUGUUGUUAUUAUUUUUGAAAUUGAUAUUGUGUUGUUGAAGUUUAUACAAUUUCCGCAGUCGAAAAUUCUUUUAAUGAAUUCAAUUUUGUAAAAACUUACUAGGCUUUGUCAUAUUUCUGAACGCCCAGGCAUCCACCACCCACCGCCCAUCCACCCGUUUUUUUGUUAAUCCUGUGAUUCAAAUGUAGGUACUCCUAUAGAGCCGCCACUGUAUAAUAACGUAGAAUGUAAAAUAUAUCGUAGGUAAUGUAGACACCAUCAUUAACCAGAUUCUCCAGUAUAAUUACGGGCCGCAACAUAGACAAUCGGCGAAUGAUAACACGCAUAAUAAUUAAUAAUUAGGUAUUUGGAAUGCGGCGUGUGCGUAAAAAACAGCGAUAACGUAAUAUUAUUAUUAAAAACAGAAAACGCAUUUCGUUUUUUAACAAGGGAACACGUGUUUUAUUCCAUACACGAUAAACCAGUCACCGAGAUACACAUCGUCAAAACGAGGGGACUUAUUCACCUCCUAUUUUUAUAUAUAUUAUAUUUUUUUUUUUUUUUUAAUAAUGUACUCGAUAUAAUAUAUUGUGUGCGUGAUGUCCGUAAUAUACGGUUUCGUCGCAAUAGUACCUCCGCAAUAUGGGGUGGUCUCCCUCUGCUCUUUUUCGUCCGUCGUUAGUCAUCGCCAUCUUUAACGAUUUUUUAUUAUUUUUUUUUUUUUUUUUUUUUUUUGAAACCAGCCACUGCCGUUUGACUUAUGAUUAUCGUACAAGUACUAUAGAAGUUUCAAAAUCAUAAAAAUAUCGUCCGAUUAUGUUCGUGCUUUGUACAUAUUGUACAUGCUAUACAAAUACGAUAUUUCCUAUUAGACAUUUAGACACUAUAGUUAUUAUUAAAUUAUUGAUAUCAGUGACGUAACGUAGGAUUUAUCAAUAAAGGGAGGGGGAGGGGGGGUUGUAGAAUAACAAACCUAAACCAACAUGUUUGUCCGCUUACGUUAAUCCCAAUUUGAAACUAAACCAUACACACAAUGUAAAGUAUAGGUAACAUAAAAACAUGCAACGAUCUUAAUAUAAAUAUUACAAAAUCCGGCCAAUGAGGAGGUGGGGAGGUGGUGGAUCUCUGGCCACGCCACACAUGAGUACAACGAAAGUCGAUAAAAGUGUCAACAAUUUACAUUUAUUUAUAUAUUUUUUUUUUUUACAAAUUAUACACGCUAAUAAUGAAUAAUGAUUAAUAACAUUUUUUUUUAAAUUUCUAUCGUGUCACUGUGGACAUUCUUUAAAUUUCUCGGUCGUAUUUGAUUCAGAGCAUUAUGUCGGUCAUUCCAAGUCAUUCAUGUGCAUCUUUAAUACUAUCAAGAUACCAAUCUGAGACUUUUGUUUCGUUAUAUGAAUUAUAGAAAUCGAUAUAUAGUAAAAUUAUAGAAUAGCCCUAUAGCCGUCUGGUAUUACUAUUGCACAGGUAUUUUAAUAUACGUGUAAAAUUAUAAUAAAGUAGUACACCCGUAUAUGUACUUGUAUUAAUACACAUAAUAUAUCAACAGCAUAUAUAAUAUAUAUAGUUAUAUGGGUAGACUACUGACUAUUGGUGAACUUUUAGAUUAUAAAUAUUAUCAUAUUUUAAACUUAAUUUCAAUCACGUCGUUCAAAUUGUACAUUGAUCGGAAAAAGUCAUGUAAAACAAUAUAUGUAAGUAGGUACUUGAAAAUGUGGCAAUAUAGUACCUAUAGAAAUAUAUAAUAUAAUUCUUAUUAUAAUUAAUUGUUUUUGGAAAUUUAUUUUGCUGCAAAGUCCAAGAGCUUAUAAUACAAGUGAUGUAUACUACAUAUUAUGUGAAAUAGACCGAAAUCCGACCUUCAACCUUUUCUCUGUCCCACUCGACUUCCCUAGGGUAUUAUAUUGCAUUUGCCGCGAACCCUUCAAAAACGUCUCGCUUAAUUCCUUAUCAAAAGCAAACUUUUGCCUUAAAUUUCAAGGAUUUCUUCGUCUCAGCUUUAACAGAAGAGAUAAUAUAUUAUACAUGAGUGACUUUUGAAAAUUUUCAAUCCUCUUUUCUUUCUUUGUUGUAUAGGUCGAUUUUUGAGCGAGGCGAAGUCUCAUCCCUAGUCCGCAUUGAUGAUGACUUAAAAGGACAAUAAUUAAUUUUCACGUGUAUAUAAUAAUAAUGUGGUUUCAAUUUACCAGUUUUUCAAGAUUCGCAAAGAUUCAUAAUUGUUUUAAUAUUAUAUUAUUUUGUUUGUUUAGAUUGUGAAAGAUGUAUUUUAUUUUAACCGCCAAAAGCCUCCUGUGGGUUACGCUGAGCGUGGUGUCCACGAUAACUAUGUUCACGGCUAUAUAUUCACCAAAAUGGCUCAUCGGACCCACGGAAUACAACUGCCUGUCGACCAAACCGCCGUUACAAAGUAAGUUCCGACAGUUAUUCUGUAUUAUUUUUUCUGAUAACGUGCGUUAACCUAUUGAAUUAUUAUUCAUAAUAUAUAAUUUAGAUUAGUAACGUGUCAUUAAAAUAUAUAAUAUGCAAUGAUUUUUUUCUCAAUAGCGGACUAUAACAGCACUGACUCGUAUUACGAAGUCCAUUGUCGUCCGUCAGUCGGUAUUUACUACCGGUGUAAAAAAGUCAACGGUAACCAACAUUGUGGUUCGUUCGCCGUCGAAGGACUGUCCACGAAUCCCAACAUGUUUCCGAACGCUUGGAAGAUCGCUUUGGUACUCAUGUCCACUGGAAUUUUAAUCAAUUUUCUGAUGUCCAUCAUGGCUGUAGGAAGCUUUUGCAAACAGGCGAUACGUAAAAAGAGCGUGUUCGGGGUGGCCGGUUCCGGGCAAGGACUUGCUGGUAAGAAUCCAUAAUUUUAUUGUACAGAAUAUUUUUUAAGGAAGUUUUCUGAGCCCAUAUGGGCACACAGUAAAGUCCAUUGGAUAUCACCUUGUAUUGAAUGAGAUUUUAUUUACUAUGCGUCUACUAGUAAAUAAAAUGUCAAUUAUUGGAUUAGUAGAUUUUCUAAAAAUAUAUUCACUUGCCUAUAUAAAUUUAAAAUAUUCUCACUGGUAAGGAUAUGGGUUACCGGGAAAAGUAUAAAAUGUAGGGUUAGGUUUGGUCUACAUGCUCGUCGAUGUUUUUUUAAGAGAAAGGGUGUGAAUAUUUAUUUAAAAUACCGUGAUAUUAUAUUAUUAAGUAUAAGUGAAUAUGACGUCCUUCGAAGAUUUACUAUUCUAAAUUAUUGUUGGAGUGAAUUCAAUUAUAUAUUAUAUUAUAUAUACUCGUAGUAUUUUAUAAUUUAAAGUUAAUAUAACUCCGCGACAUCGUGGGGCUUCGUUGUAUAGUUUACAAUUUCAUUUACCACUAAUCUAAUUUUAUCUAGUGAAUUUUAGAGUAUCUCAAAUUUUAAACUAAUCACAAGACCUAUUUUAAGAGAUAGAUUAAUAUUAUAAACAUAUUAUAUCCGAAUAACUAGAGCUGACUUCUCCCCUACAUCAUUUAUAAUAAUAUAAUUUAUAGGUAAGUGCCUAUAUUAAAUAUAAGUAUAGGUACAGUUAUACAAUACACGAAUUUUACUAUUUAUAAUACCUAUUUAAGAUCCUGUGCUCACUCUUUUUUAUAUAUUUGUGUAUUUUAUAUUUUUAUAACAGUUUAUCUGUUAAUAGGUAAUUUUUUUUAGAUACUGAGCAAAGCGAGGAAUGUAUUUUUUUUUUAUCUGAUGUUGAAAAGAUUGCGAUUCGUUUACGUAAACAUGACAUGACAUAAAACAUUUCGAGUUUUGCCAAGAUUUUAAAUCAAACACGAUCAAAUUUAUUCUUGAAAUUUACUGAAUUGAAUGAUGUAGUUUUGUAAUAGUUUUAUGAGAUAAUUAUAAGUUAGGAUGAUAUUUGCAAUUCUUGGUAGAUUUAGAUCUACUGUCUAAAUUUUUGGCAUUUUGCGCGUGUAGGACGAGGACGCUAUAGAUAUUUUAAGGAUUCUACGUCAGUUUUUAGCUAUUUUCUAGAGAGAAUAUUAUACAAAUAUUGUUUUUACAUUGUUGGUUUUAAUAUAGGCAUUUAUUAAAAAUACUAAAUAAAUUUAUAUGUUAACAAUAGAUACAUUAUGUAGUUUACAAUGUUUUUAUUUAUAUUCGUAAAUGUACGCAUUACAAUAUUUUCAAGGACUGUGUAGGUAAUACAAAUAUGAUUUGUUGGGACUAUUGAAUAUUUGAAUUGAUAAUUAUUGUAUAGACAAAUUAUGCAUAUAAAAAUAGUUUUAAUAUACCUACCUUUGGGCUAUAAAUCAUUUGUUUUGAAAUUGUUUUUUAAGGUUUAUUGUAUUUGAUUGGCGUGAUCUGUUUUGCGGCCGGUUGGGGUUCAGAACGCGUGGCGAUGUUGUGUGGUACUCAGUCUGAGCCGUUCGUUUCUGCAGAUUGCACAACAGGUAUUUUAUUUGAUAACUAUAUAAUAGGGAGUUGCGUUAAAUAUUUAAAAAAAAAAAAUAUAAUAGAUUAGGUUAGUAUAUAAGUGGUAAAGUUAUGUACUUUUUAUGCGGGGGUAGGAAUGACAAUUAUAUAAUACUAAUUUAUACUUUAACGAUCAAAAGGUAUCUUGAGAAGUGGAUUCAGGUAAUGCUGGCCACGGUUUUCGUUUUAUUUGAAAAUUAACGAAUGGUUUUUUUUUUGUCUACAAAACCAAAUAUCUGGGUAUAAUAAAAAUGAAAUAUGAGAAUUUGAAAGUAUUAUUAUUAUUGUUACGGUUUGACACUAAUAAUAAUAAUAAUAAUAAGCUAAUCGGUUACAUUGUCAAAUACGUAUGGAAAAAACAAUACAAUAAUAACAUUCACAACCUUUUCACAUACACACCUCAACCCCGCCCUUUUUUGGAUUUUUAAAAACCUAACGCCCUCCUUUUUUUUCCCAAAAUUAUUGUUCACGUAUCCAAUUCGUAAAACAAUAAAUAUUAAUAGCAUAAUAUAUAGUAAAAAAUAUUAUUGCACUGGGUUGAAAUAAAUAUUGUAAACAUUCUCAGAAAAAUAUGACGAUUGUAAGAUGAUAUAAAUCAUUGAAAAUUAUGGUCAAAGGAAUAUAACAAAUGCCGGCAGAUAAUUUAUUACUUAUUAACAUACUUCUACGAAAAUACAUUUAAUCGUCCUCCCCCCUCCCCUGUUGUAGCAGGAUAUAAAAAUAUCUUACGAUUCUUAAAAGAGGCUAAUAUUGAUACCGAAUUAAACGUACCUACCUAAAUGUUUAUUUAUUUUUUUUUUUUUAAGUAGAUACCAGUAUAAUGUUGUGUAUACUUUUUAUGGUUAAAAUAUUUGGUUUUAUAAUAUCACACCUAAGUUUAUUCUGUAUAUUUUAUAAUAUAAUGUUAAAUAUUUUUGUAGUUUUAUUAUAGGUAUAUAUUGCAUUGUUCUUGCGAGUUUAUUAAAAAAUAAAUAAUAAAUCACGAUACCGAACGUAUAAGGCGGGAUAUACACUGAGGAAACUUUUUUUUUUACGAAACCAGUUUCAUGAAAACAUUCAAUUGAAAAACAAACAGAUACGUCUAGAUUUGCACACUGAGUUUCACAGAACUACAAUUUGAUAUUUUCACAUUGCGCAGUUGAACAGUUGCGCCGGUUUCAUGAAAAUUUUGAUUUCGGCUAGGUUAGAGCUAAAAUUUCGUCAGUUAUCAUUUAUUAUACGUUUAUAUUUUUAUCAUUUAGGUACUAUCAUAUAAUUUUAUUCACUAUCAGCGUUAAUUAAUUAAAAUUAAAAUAUAUUCAUUUAUUUAUAAAUCUAGACGCCACUUCUAAGCGACAAAUUCGGUCACCGAUUACAUUAACCCGGCGACCAAAUGGAUUUUAUGUUUAAAUAAAUCGUUCUUUCUAUAAGUGUUGGCACUUCUUCCUCAUCGAACAACAUAGUUGAAACCUGGCCAUUUUAGUUUUAUCGAUACACGGCAAUAUUAUCUAAUAAGUUUCAUGCAAUCGGUUUCACGAAACUAGUUUCCUUAGUGUGUGCCUUAACUCUCGGUAGGGCACUGUUGUAGGUACUGAAUUUUUUUUUUCAAGUUAUUUAUCGUGUUCGGCUACAGUAAUCGGGCGUGGGACACCCCCACAAGUAUUUUGAAUUUAUGUGGUGUGGAAUACAGUAUAUAUUAUUAUUAUGAUGUGUUAUGUACUUUUUUUUAACUACGAGUAUGCACCUAGUUAUUUGUUUUCUGCAAUCUAUUUUCAGUGUUUUUAAUCGUUUCUAUAUUUUAUUUUAUUAUGUAAUUUUUAUUGUUCAUCUAAAAGAAAAAAAAAAUAUCGAUUAAAAUCGCCGACGACCGUGUAGUUUUUAUGAAAGUUUUAUAUUUUUAUUUGUAAAUUUCAUGUUUCCCGAUGGAAUUUUUUUUACAUGAAAGCAUCCAUCUGAUAUAAUAAUAUUAGGUACCUACCUGGCUACCUAUAGCGAGUUUCUAUACACAGGUAUAGAUAAACAGUUAAAGUUGAAGCGGAGUAAAGUAGGCGACCUAGUAAAUAAUAUCUCUAGGAAUAAAAUAUUGUCCACUCAAAAUCAUUCAAUCUCUCGUUAUUCAAAUUUAAAACGCUUGAAAAAAAAAAAAAAAUGUCUACAUUAAAUUAAACACAACUAUAUUAUAAUAUAUACAUCUGUAAUACCUAUACCUAUGUAAAACUGUAAAAAUGAAACAAGAAUGUUUGUAAACUAUGUUUAAUGACUAUGUACACCUAUACAUUAUGAAUAUUGUAAUAGGUAAGAAUGAAAUAAAAUUGGUCAGACUCUGGCAAUACAGUGAAUGUAGGUAUUAUACCUACUGAUAUAUAAUAUACAUAUAAUACAAUUUAUUUAAGUUUUAGUCACACAGAUUUAUAUAAUUUUUUUUACUCUACCUGUAGGUACAAGGCAGGUACUUAUAUACAAAUUAAAAUAAUUGCCUAAAUAAUAUAAUUCAAGUUACAAAACAUAAACAUUUAAUUGCAAGGUAGUCCCCCCCCUCAAACGACACCCUUACAUUCUAGGUUCAAUAAUCAAAGACCCAUAGGAAUUUUUUGGCUAACUCCUACCUAGACAUUUAUAUAAUUAAUAAUUAUAUGAGUAAAUUGUUUUGUAUGAUCGUGUUGAUAUGUUAAUCUGAAAUAAUAUUUCGUCAUUGUAGGAUCAGGUUUGUACACGGCGGCUUUUGGCGUCCUCCUCACUUUCGGUACUGCCAUGUUGUCGGGACCGGCGGAUCGGGCGACGUCCAGCGACAAAGUAGCACUUCAGCUUGAACAGGGAGAGAACAUCGUCUUUUUAUUGUAAGCAGACGACAGUUGCUGCACCUCGUGUACAUAAUACUAUAUUUGCUAAUUCUAUUAUACUAUAAUUUUUAUCGAAUCGGUAAAUUUAUAAUAACAUCGCGGACGUAGGUACCUACAUAUACCUACUAUAUACCUGAAUAUAAUGUUGCAGUCUUUGCGAUUUUUGUGUUUACCCUAUUGUGCCUAUAUAAAUAAUUAAUUUAAAUU